GUUGGAUGUGGCACGUCGCAAUGGCACACGUGAUUCAGGUUUCAUGCCCGUCGGGCAGCGCUGACUCGGGCUUCACUCUACCUCUAGGCAUCAGCAGAACUCUACACCACAAACAAUGAGCAAAAGCCUCAGUGACCAUCCAAGGCCAUCAUACCUCCAGGUACAACAGUUUCCCAACAGCGCGCUCACAUUUGCGUCGAUAAGUUGACAGCAAAAAGGGCGAUAAUCUGCCAAGUACCUACCUCUACGUACCUCUACCUUACAGCCCGCUUGGACGCCAAGCAGCCGGACCCACCUGUUUGUUUACUUCCCCCUUUUCAACACCGAAACAUCACAACCCCACUUCCACACCCAAACUUUCAAGAUGAGGGUGUUGAAGGCCGGUGUCAAGCGUGAUGACUACAACUGGCGUCAGAUCCGUCCCGGACUAUGGCAGCGUGAUGCCGAUGAAGCUGAAGUGUUCUACUCAACCCUAGCCAAGCUCUACGCAGGAUCCGGACGGAUGCACUUCGCCAUCACGGGCCACAUCUCCCUGACCAUCAAUGUGCCCAGCGAUGAAGACCCGGAAGUCGUAUCUAGACGGCUUGACGAGUCCCUCCGCAUUGCCUGGCUCAGACAACGCUACGAGACGCCAACCAUCGCCUCAUAUGCGCAUUACGACGCACUCGACGGGAAAUGGAAGAAGUCCUACCGAACCAUUCCCGACGACGCAUCGACAAAAGCAUGGCUUGAAAAGACCUUCCAAAUGAUAUCAACCAGCCAAACAGGCGAGGAAUGGGCUCACUCCGGCCCGCCCGCUCCAACCACAGCCACUCUGUUUGUCGUCUGUCCAGCAAUUGCAUCUCAGGAUUCAUCCACCAUCCGCCGCGACCUCGUCCUGCGCUCUCCCCACGACAUCAUCGACGGCAUCGGCACUCUCCACUUCCUCAACAGUCUCGUCACCAAAACCACCCAAGCCUUCACGGAAGGCGAAUUCUUCCGUGAGCUCCCCGUCUUCGACGGCUCCGAAGCAUCCAACCUCAGUCCGCCCUACCGGGUAGCCGCCAACAUCCCCUCGACUCCCCCAACUCCCGAGCACCAAGCCCGAUUAUCCACCAUCAAAGCCGCAGCUUCGCAAUCAGCAAAUCCCGACGGACUCCCAUUUGUAGACAUCGGCAUCCCCUACACCAAAGGUCCUCUCUUGCCUGGGAAACACCAACGCACAGCGCACUACCUCUCCCGCGAACGCACCUCGGCGCUGAUCACCUUCCUAAAUGAGUCCUAUCCAGAUACAACGGUGACGCACGCGUUUCACGCUGCUAUUGCUCUCACACUACGCAACUUUCAUACCUCUUUAGACCUCCCCUCUAUGUCCUGCGCCUCCAACUCCAAGACCUCCACCACCAACUCCAAGACCUCCAGCUCCAGCUCCAGCUCCAAGACCUCUCACUCCAUGUCCGUUCCCGAACAAGAGCAAGAACAACAAGUGGAAGUCAGCAAAUCAAGAUACACCAACUACCUCCUCCGCAACGAACGCUCAGCCUGCUCACCGCCCUACAACACACCCUUACACUGCGUCUCAGUUUACCACUCCCUCCCCCCAACAAAGCUACAAGUUGACCUGUUGUCUGUUUCCCCUACCACUCCCCAAGAAAAAAGAGCGGAAUUCGAAACUGUCUUGAACCAAAUCAAGCACUUCUACACUUCCGUAAGGAAUGAUCCCCUGCAUUACGCUCUAGCACCAACAACCUGGACAGAAUGGACACCCGUCCUUCCUGAGGCGGUGUUGAAGGGGGAAGAAAAGAUGGAGGUGCCGAAGCCGAAGGAGGUGCCGAGCGUCAGUGUUUCGAGUAUGGGGGUUGUGGAUGGGAUUGUGAAGAGGGUGCAUGAUUUGGGACUGGGGAAAUUGGAGGUGCAGAGGCCGUGGGUGACGGGGGAGGAACUGACGAAUGGGUUGGGGGUGUUUUUGGGCACGCUUGAUGGCGUUUUAUGUUUGAGCUGUGCGUUUAAUGAGGCGUGGCAUGAUAGGAAGGGAGUGGACGAGUUUUUGUGGGAGGUGGAAAGGGUGGUUUUUGGUUGGGUGGACGGGGUCGAUGAAUCCCAGCCUGAUUCGGAGUCGGGCUGUAUGAGAUAGAGGGGUCAGGAUUGAGAUGAGGGAGUCAGAGGUUAUUCCUCUUGUCUCCAGUGCAGUACAGUGCAUUUUCAUGGGUUCUGGUCCGUACCUUCCGCUACAUUUCCCGCAGGUGCAGUGGGUGACAAGUUUUCAACAACGAGUUGUAGAUAUAGUGGAGAGAUUCCUACGAUUGUGAAUCACAAAGAAGUUCGCUGU